AUGGCAACUAUGGUUCCACCAGUGAAACUGAAAUGGCUCGGACACCUGAACAUCUGGAUUACAGAAGACAGUGAAUCUAUUGCUACAAGAGAGGGAGUUGCCAUCCUGUAUUCUAAACUAGUCAGCAAUAAGGAAGUAGUAUCUUUGCCCCAACAAGUUUUAUGUCUCAAAGGACCACAGUUGCCAGACUUUGAACGUGAAUCUCUUUCAAGUGAUGAACAGGACCAUUAUUUGGAUGCACUUCUUAGCAGCCAGCUAGCACUAGCAAAGAUGGUUUGUUCAGAUUCUCCAUUUGCUGGGGCACUGCAAAAACGCCUGCUUGUACUCCAGCGUGUCUUCUAUGCACAUUCUAAUAAAUACCAUGACAAAGGAAAAGUGAAACAGCAGCAGCAUUCUCCGGAGAGCAGCUCUGGUGCAGCAGAUGUCCAUUCUGUUAGUGAACGUCCUCAGUCAAGCACUGAUGCACUUAUAGAAAUGGGUGUUCGAACUGGUCAGUUAUUAUUUGCACUUCUGAGACAAAGUUGGAUGAUGCCUGUGUCGGGACCUGGCCUUAGUCUUUGCAACGAUGUUAUUCAUACUGCAAUUGAAGCUGUGAGCUCUUUGCCACCAUUAUCUUUAGCCAAUGAAACCAAGAUUCCUCCUAUGGGUUUGGACUGCUUAUCACAAGUAACAACAUUUCUUAAAGGAGUAACUAUUCCCAAUUCUGGGGUAGACAUUUUAGGUCGUAGAUUAGCUUCUGAGUUGCUGCUAGGUUUAGCAGCUCAGCGAGGCUCUCUGCGGUAUCUUCUUGAAUGGAUAGAAAUGGCUUUGGGGGCUUCAGCAGUUGUUAAUAACAUGGAGAAAGCCAAACUACUGUCAAGCCAGAAAGGAAUGAUCAGCUUUGACUGCUUUAUGACUGUCUUAAUGCAGAUGAGACGUCCUUUGGGGUCAUCUGCUGAUCGGAUUCAGUGGAGAGAACCAACCAGAACAUCUGAUGGCCUGUGCUCACUCUAUGAGGCAGCUUUAUGUCUCUUUGAAGAGGUUUGUAGAAUGGCUUCUGAUUACUCAAGAACAUGUGCUAGCCCAGAUAGCAUUCAGACUGGAGAUGCUCCCAUUGUCUCAGAAACCUGUGAGAUUUAUGUUUGGGGAAGUAACAGCAGUCAUCAGUUGGUAGAAGGCACACAGGAAAAAAUACUGCAACCCAAACUAGCUCCCAGUUUCUCUGAUGCCCAGACGAUUGAAGCUGGACAGUAUUGCAUUUUCGUUAUUUCUACGGAUGGUUGGGUCAGAGCUUGCGGUAAAGGCAGCUAUGGGAGACUGGGCCUUGGAGAUUCCAAUAAUCAGUCUACUUUAAAAAAGUUAACCUUUGAGCCUCACAGGCCCAUUAAAAAGGUUUCGUCUUCUAAAGGCUCUGAUGGUCACACUUUAGCUUUUACGACAGAAGGAGAAGUCUUCAGCUGGGGAGAUGGUGACUAUGGGAAACUAGGACAUGGAAAUAGUUCAACCCAGAAAUACCCCACGCUUAUUCAGGGGCCUCUUCAGGGAAAGGUAUGUGCGUUGUUUUUAGAUUAAAUUAUUAGAUAACAGUGCUAUUGUAAUUG